GCGGCGUGGCCGGCGGCGCUGCCGCCGGCUGUUCUGUGAGCGACGGCGAGGACGGCGUCGUUCAGUCGGGUACAGCAGUCCGGACGAAGACACAGCCGCCGCCACCGCCAUGGCUACCGCAGGAAAAGUAAUCACAUGCCGGGCUGCUGUUUGCUGGGCCAAGGGCGAGAGCCUCUCCAUCGAGGAAAUCACCGUCGAUCCGCCGAAAGAAAAUGAGGUUCGCCUCCGCGUGGUGUCCUCGUCGUUCUGCCACUCGGACCUGCACGCCAUCCAGGGCAUCAAGGUGCCCGGCCUGGUGGACGUCCAGUUCCCCAUGGUGGCCGGCCACGAGGGCGCCGCCGUGGUCGAGAGCGUCGGCCUCGGAGUCACGUCCGUGGCAGCAGGUGACAGCGUGAUCCCGCUGUUCGGCGCGCAGUGCGGGGUCUGCGUGCUGUGCAAAAUGGACGGCACCAACUUCUGUCUGCACUCCCGGGGCACCAGGGGCCUGGGCGUCAUGAUGGACGGCACGUCUCGGAUGUCCUGCAAGGGCACCCCGCUCAAGACCUUCCUGGGCUGCUCCACCUUCUCGGAGUACUUCGUCAUCGAUGAGCCCUGCGUCGCCAAGAUCAGCAAGAAGGCGGACCUGAAGAAGGUGGGCGUGGCGGGGUGCUGCAUCCCGACGGGCGUGGGCGCGACGCGCGUCGUCGGCAAGGUGAAGCGCGGCUCGGUGUGCGCCGUGUGGGGGCUCGGCGCCGUGGGGCUGGCCACCAUCAUGGGCUGCAAGCUGGCGGGGGCCUCCACCAUCAUCGGCAUCGACGUGUCCGCCUCCAAGGAGGCGCUCGGGAAGAAGUUGGGUUGUACCGAGUUCAUCAACCCCACCAAGCUGGACAGGCCGAUCCAGGAGUACCUCCAGGAGAGGUUCGGCGGCGGCUGCGACUUCACCUUCGAGAGCAUCGGCAACGUCAUGACCAUGAAAGCGGCCUACGAGUCUGUGCGGCCAGGCGGCGGCGUGUGCACUGUCCUGGGCGUCUCGUCCGACCCCGACAAGUUCGUCGAGGUGCACCCCCACGACAUCCUGGCCGGCAAGGAGAUCAAGGGCUGCUACUUCGGCGGCCUCCGCUUCCGCUUCGACGUCAGCCCCCUGGUCGACGAGAUCAUCGCAGGCAAGAUCUGCUGCGACAAUUUCAUCACCGACACUUUGAGCAUCGACAAGAUCAACUGGGCCAUCGAGCAGAUGAAGGCGGCCCAGGGGAUCCGCUACGUCCUCUUGUUCUGAUCGGACCCUCAUCACCACCUUCACCACCACCGACCCGCGCGCCGCGAGGGCUCCACACUGCAACCACGUCACCAUGCCACUGUUAACGAGUAUUAAAAACGUGAAAAACCUUG